AUGAAGAAGCUUCUCAAAGUUAUGUUCUUCUUGUUCGCUUACUUGACGUGUUCAAUGGCAAUGGUACCGUACCGUGGUUGCGACGAGAUCGGAGUAGUUUCGAGAGAUGGAUCGGGAAAGUACGAGAAGAGAGUGUCGAAGAAGGAUUUUCAUUCGGGUCGUAAGUUAGUUUCUGGUCCGAGUCGUAGUGCUUGCGGUCACUAA